AUGUCAGUAAACCCUCUAGACAUCCCAGAGAUCCUCCAAUGGGUCCUCAAUUGCCGCCAAAUCCUCGACCAAGAAGACCUCUUCUCAACCAGCCUGGUUAACAAGACUUGGUACCAGGUCUCGAAACGGGCUCAGUGGAUUAGAGUUGAACUCGAUAGCGAUUCUUGGGUCGAUCCGUACCACCAAGCUUUGACUGCACAGCUCUCGAUGUAUGGCGCGUUUGUUCGGACACUUGUCCUCAAGGAAUGUUCCCUCGAGUUACUGCCGCUGGCCCAUCUCCAGCACCUCUGCCUGCCUCAUGUCUCGACCGCCGCUUCGGGGCGUAUCGACCUCUUACUCCGGAUAUGUGAAUCACAGGCGCAUCAGAUCACGCAUUUGGAGCUGUUGGAUAGCGAGAUUGACGAUGACGUCCUGAAAAAUAUUGCGAGGACUUGUCCCUCCCUCAAGACGCUGGAUCUGUCCAGGAACGAGGUCAUUGCCUUCAAGGACGUUCUCGACAGCAGUGAUAGCCAUACCAUGGAUGAUGGUCUGCAGAGCUGGACAGCGACGGCGGCAACGGUGUCAGGACAAUGGGCCUCGAAUCGAUCCAAGAACAAGGACAACAACAGCCCCUAUUCUCAGCGGCAAGAUGUUCUGCAGCAUGAUGCCACCUUUGACGCAGAUGACACCCUCAGCGUACUCUUAACUGAGGAGAGUAAACAACAACAAACACAAACAUACCAUCAGCAAGACCAGCACAACAAACAACAAUAUCAAGCACAACAUCAGGAUCACACACUGUCGCUACCACCUCCUCGUCUCUGUCCACCAUCCAAGUUACUUCAAGAGGAUCCGCCCUUUAUGCACCUCGAGGAACUCAGUCUCGUGUUUUGCUUCGGGAUUGCAAACACAGAGUUCCAGACCCUCUUCCGAUCCUUCAGGAACAAGAGCCUUCGAUCCCUCAACCUCCAGUUCACCAACAUCGAGGACUCGGGCCUCGAAGCCCUGGCCCACAAUUUGGGCCAUAGGCUGACGAGCGUUUCUGUGAGCUAUUGCAGCAGGAUUACAGCUCGAGGGAUCCGAGCGCUCGUUGAGCCUAAUCGAUGCCCACGCUUGCUUGAGCUGGAAUUCCUGAGCUGCGACCUUGUCUCUGCCGAUUGUUUCCGUGGCCCUUGGGGCUGUCACCGGUUGAGACGGCUCGAGUUUACGUUUCAUCCGCGAGUCGCCAUGAAGCGGAUGGAGAUUGAGCGAGCAGCAGCGGCAGCUGAAGCAGAAGCAGAGGAGCAAUUAUUGCAUCGCCAGCAACAGCAGCACCAACAACAGCAGCACCAACAACAGCAGCAGGCAGGACAUAAUGCGUUAAUGGAUCCAUUGUUGGAUGUUGGGACUAACAACUUUGGUCUUGUGCUACCACACGCCCAAGACCAGAGUCAACAAGGUCAGGCGCAACUGCAACAUCAUCUCGAUCACCAACAACAACAGCAACAACAUCACCAUCUCGAACAACAAUAUCUCGAACAGCAACAACAGCAUCACCAAACACCAACACACACAAACAAACCGGACGAACAAGCAUUGUUGCAGGACAGUGGAAUCCGUCCAGAGGAAUCAUCUCAAGAACGGGAACAAUGUCAAGACAACCUAUGGUUGGAAGAGCAGGAGUCAGUGCGCAAUGAUUAUUACGCCUUGUUCAAGCAGCUCAAACGGCUGACUGAACUCCGAUAUCUCAACAUUUACAACAGCCCAGCACUCAAUAACAACAGCACACAUUUCAGCGACUCUUCUCAGGACAGUGUUGACGAGCCCGAGUCUACCUUGCCGCUGGUCGAUCCCAUGCCUGUGGGCCAUUCUCAGGAACAUUGGUCAGAGUGGGCGAAUGAAGAGGACGGCAGCAGUGGCAGUGACUCAGGCAGAUAUGAGCGUCGCAGAUAUUCAGUUGCGUCUGGGAGCGGACAAGGCGAAGUCGAAGAGGUAUAUCACAUUGUACCUGACGACAAGUCGACAAAGGCUACUGGUGUCGCGGAACCGUCGGAGAUUUAUCAAGAGUCACCUGAGAUGGCAACUCGACUGACCUCAGAACCAGAGUCGGUGCACCCCUUCUCGCUCAGGAUGGGGCUCAAGGCACUCGAGCGACUGACCAAUCUCGAGAGCUUGACAUUUUUCGAGCGGUCGAGCGUGACUAUCGGCGAAGGGGAGGUUCGAUGGAUCAGCAGACAAUUCCCUCAACUUUUGACGCUACAGCUUCGAGGAUCGAUCGAUAUCCCUGAGAAGGCCAGCAAGCAGCUCGCGUCGCGGCGACCUGACAUCAAGCUCCAAGUGUGCUCUCUUUUCGAAUAG